AUGUUGACCAAGUCCAAUCCAUUACAAUGUUUAAUCAGUAAUAAGCCAGGAAUGGCUGCAGCAACAUACGAGUACAUCUUGAGUGGUCCUGGUGCGAGCAUCUUCGCAGUUGAUCAGCAGGGUUACGUCUAUCUGAAUGUGCCGAGUGUGGACGCUGACCCGCCGAAUCCGUCAUCUUAUGCGUUGAAUAUUGAGGCACGUGAGGUUAACACGACGCCGAUUCGAAUCAGCGAAUCAAUCACAGUAACUAUUUAUAUUGUCGAUAUGAACGAUAAUGUGCCAACGUUCUCUUCUCCCGUAUAUUUUGCGAACGUAUCGGCCAGCGGUCCCGAUCGACCUGUCAUUGAGAUAUUUGCUGAGGACAACGACUCUGGAAAAUUAGCCGAAAUCGAUUAUCGAAUUGUAUCAGUGACUAACGGUGCAUUUGGCAACUUCCGUUACGAUCCGGUUUCAAAACAACUGAUAGCAAUGGGAACACUGGUACCAUCUGAACGAUACCAGGUUGUUUUGGAAGCCAGAGAUGGUGGUGGUUUGUGGAGUCAAGCAACCGUUGUUGUCCUAGCAAUUGGUGAUGUUGCACCACCUCAAGGGCUCCCCAUGGGGACCUUUAGCGAGUUUCCCAAAGGGCCAAUCGAAACAAGUCCAACUGAUCUUGCCGUGAAUAUACCUCCUGCAAACGUCGAUCAAUCGAGCGAAUCCGUUCAAACGUUUGUCACCGAAAUCAGUGAAGCUACGCCACCAUAUUCAAUCGUUCUCACACUGGGAGAUGAGGCUACGCGAGGUCGCGUUUUCUUCACAAUUACAAAUGGUAAUGAGGCCGGCAAGUUUGCCAUCGACGAGGAGACUGGUACAAUUUUAACGGUGGAGACGUUUGAUAGAGAAUCAGCUCAAAUGUACAACUUACAAAUUGACGCCUCAUCUAGAAAUCCUCCACAACACCUCUACUGGACCAUCGUACAAGUUGCAGUAUUGGAUGUCAACGACAAUGCACCCGAAUUUGUGGAUCCAGUACCAAUCCAAAUGAUAGCCGAUUUGAGUGGUGUGAAAGAGUUAGAACCGAAUAUGUUCGUUGGGAAAAUCACCGUGCAAGAUUCAGAUUCACAAGAUAACGGGCGCGUACAUCUACGAAUUCUGCCUCCAAUGGACAAGAGUUGUCGCGUAUCGAAAUGCAAUUACAGACUGUUUACUGUGGGCGAUGAUGGUAGUGUAACAGUCAAAGGGAACGUAACCAGCGCUCAUUUUGGACAACAUCAUGUGGUGUUCGUUGCUUCGGAUAACGGUGAACCUCCUUUGGAGACAAAAGCUGAUGCGACAAUUACAGUAAAUGGACGUCAAAUGACUCAGAAAACAGAGCUGCCGGAUAUAGGGUCCACAGCUGAUAAUUACCCAACAAUUCAGUAUACAAUAACCAGGCAACCGUUCACAGCACAGGAAAUCACCGAUCGUUCUCAAGAGGAGUUGUUUACGGUGGUGCCAUCAUCGAAUCUGGCUUCAAUGCCUGUCAUAACGAUGCCCUCAUCAACACAACCACCGUUCAUUGGACCAGAGCGAGCGAUUCCACAUCAUUUUGAAACCUGGAUAGCACCAGAUUUGACAGCAUCUUCGAACGCCUCACAGCUUCCUUCUGUUCCAAUCACCACAACACCACCGGCAUUUCUCACACCGAGACCAGCUCCUGUUUUUGACCCAUCAAAAAUAACUGUUACGGUGAAUGAAGGUGAAUCAAGUGCCGGUAUAACAAAAGUAUCUGCUCACUACCCGGACAAUAUGCCUGGUCAAAUUACUUACGUGCUUACCCUUGGUGAUCCAUCGCUGUUCGCAGUGGACGGUGAUACCGGAGUAAUUCGUUUGCUUCGGCCACUUAAUGCUGAAUCUGAUUCUACCUAUCAAAUUCACGUAUCAACCGCACAGGCGUUGCAGCUGAACACCGGGUCAGAUUAUGCACAUGAAGCGAUCGUUGAAGUGAACGUGAAAGCUGCAAACAAAUUGCCACCGAGCUUUGAAUCAACGAAUUACUCAUUCACAUUGCCUUCUUCAUCCCUACCGGGAACUGUGCUUGGGCAAGUGAUUGCAUUCCAUCAUGACAAAGAUGCGUCAAAUAACAGGAUUCAGUACGGACUGGUUUCUGCUGGUGGAUUUGAAGAUGCGUUCAGUAUCAAUCCAGACAACGGUAUUAUCACGCUAGAGAGGAGCAUUGAGCCAAGUGGAAACAGCGAGCAGAUCUUAGUAAGUAAUAAACGAAUGUCAUUAACCAUAGAAGGAUUUGUUGCGCCUUCAAUGCUGACUGUGGAAGCAAUGGAUCAAGAUGAGCCGUCUGUCGCGAGUGAAGCUAUCGUUGUGAUAAACGUAGAAGACCAAAGAAUCCCGUCCACGUCUCAGACCACUCCCGAACCAUUCGAUGUACCAUCUGCGAAGAAUGCUCUACGCUUUUCCUCUCGCAGUUACACGUAA